ACACAACAACAUUAGUUUGAUGCAAUCUUAAACCGCGCGCCGAGUCAACCGCGCACCUAGCAUUAUUGUAACCUACUAGCACAGACUACUAAGAAAAUACUACGUAUCCUACUAGUGUUCAAUGUGUUCAUGCCUGCACCUAUUCAACGGUACUGGUCAUAAUUUGCUGUUUAUGAACGUGUAAAAUGGAAAAAUUGAAGUACCUGAUUAUAUUAGCGACGUUCCUACAAGUGUGUUCUUCGUACAAAAUUCUUGUGGUGUAUCCGUUGCCCGGCAAGCAGAUAAAUCAGUGUUGUGUGAAUAAAACUAAGUACCUACUUAGACAAACGAUUGAGUUAACACCAUGGCAAAACUCUUUCUAUCUUUAUUGCUGGUAGCUUUAUUACAAGUAUGUGGCGGCUACAAGAUUUUAGUGGUUUUCCCGUCAGCUGGGAAAAGCCACAAUAUACUUGGCAUGGGCUACGUCAAACACCUACUGGACGCUGGACAUGAGGUUACCUACGCAACUCCGUUCCCAACGCACAAAACUACGGACAAAUAUCAUGAAGUUGAUCUUAGCAAAAAUAUAGCGUAUUUUGAAGAACAAACUAGCACAAUGUUAUCUUUAAAGGCAAUUAUAAACAAGGAAACAUCAAUGGAUUUAUUAUCCAUGGCACCCAAGUUUGUUGAAAUGAUGAAAGGCAUGCUCGUAAACGAAGAUUUAUCGAAAUUCCUUAGUGACACUACGCAGGAGUUUGACGUUGUCAUAGCAGAGUGGCUUUUCACCGAUGUUUUUGCCGGGAUAGCGCCUCUAUAUAACUGCCCACUGAUCUGGUCGUCUUCCGUGGAGGCACAUUGGAUGGUGCUGCAGCUGGUGCACGAGCCUUCGAACCCCUCGUUCAACCCCAAUAUCCUCGCUUCCACAAUUCCGCCGUUCUCCUUCUUUGAGCGAUUCGUCAAUCUGUUCACCAUGGUUGCGUUUACGGCUGCAAAAUAUUUUUACAUACAGCCAAAUACGGUCGCAACAUACAAUGACUUCUUCAAGCCCUUGUACGAAAAACGGGGUAGGCAGCUGCCUGCAUACGAGGAAGCAGUGUACAACGGCACGUUUAUGCUGACAAACUCCCAUACUGCGUUGAGCCAGCCCAUCAGUGUACCGCCGAAUGUCAGAGAAAUUGGAGGAUAUCACAUCAAUCCUAAUCCCAAACCUCUUCCAGCUAAUCUCCAAAAGAUAAUGGACGAGGCAAAACAUGGAGUAAUAUACUUCAGUAUGGGAACUAACGCCAAAAGCAAAGACUGGCCAGAUUCUUUAAAAAAAGAGUUCUUGCAACUGUUUAGUGGAUUGAAGCAAACUGUGCUAUGGAAGUUUGAAGAACAAUUACCAAAUUUACCUAAAAAUGUUCAUAUUUUGAAUUGGGCUCCGCAACAAAGUAUUCUUGCCCACCCCAACAUUCGCCUCUUCAUCACUCACGGCGGCCUGCUGUCCACCACCGAGACUGUCUUCUUCGGGGUCCCCACGAUCGUCAUGCCGUAUGGGGCCGAUCAGCGCAUCAACGCACUCAGAGCUGUCAACAAAGGAUACGCGAAGUUGGUUGACCUGUCUUACGAAAUGGCUGCUGACAUGAAGGUCGCCAUAGAAGAAGUGCUAAGUAAUCCUAAGUACUCUGAGAAAGUCAAAGAACUAUCCCAGAUCUAUCACGACCGGCCGGUGUCGCCGGGCGCGGAGCUGGUGCACUGGGUGGAGCACGUGGUGCGCACGCGCGGCGCGCCGCAUCUGCGCUCCCCCGCUCUCAUGCUGCCCUGGUACCAGAAGAUGUACUUAGAUCUCGCUGUAUUAAUUUUAGUAAUUCUAUAUGUUAUUAAAGUAGUAAUGAAAUUAUUAUUCAGGAAAGUAUUUAGAAAAGCGCCUAUUACUAAAAAGAAAACGAAUUAAUAAAAUGAAAAUACAUAUAAUUGUUAGAUACCUAUUGUAAAUAUAGAAUUAAGGUCUAUCAAAUAAACAUAGCGUCACUACUUUAAAAAAAUCUUCGUCUGUCAAUGAAAAGAAAAUUGUAGUCAGUAUGUAAGGAAUGCAUAUAGACUUACUGCGUUUUAAC